GAUAAUGUGGUUAAUGGGAAAAGGUACCUCUUGGUAAUGGUAGACAGGUUUUCCAAGUGGGUUGAGGCAAUACCAACGGCGAGAGAGGAUGCGAAAUCAGUCAUUAAAUGGCUACAAACUGAACUCAUACCCAGGUAUGGGGUUCCGCGUCAAAUCCGUUCCGACAAUGGCUCCCACUUCAGUAAUCAGCACCUGAGAAAGGUGGAGGAGCGAUUUGGCAUCACACACAAGUUUGGGUCUGUUUUUAGGCCCCAAUCCCAAGGUCUCGUGGAACGCGGGAAUCAAACGCUCAAAUCCAAAAUAGCUAAGGUAUGUGCCGGGUCGAAGUUGAAAUGGGUCGAAGCCCUGCCCCUGGCGCUGAUGGCCAUGAGAGCCUCACCAGGGUCAGGCACCCAUCUCUCUCCUCAUGAGAUAAUGACUGGUAGAGUCAUGCCUGGUCCACCAAGGGAGGGAGGUCAUAUGCCCGCCCUUGAUGUACAACAAAUUGAAAUGUCUGAUUAUGUGAAAGAACUGACGGUUCUUUCUGCAGCCCUCUCUGUUCAGGUUUGCAAGGUCCAGGAGAGAGAACUGCCAGAAGCUCCAGCACCACUGAAGGUAAAAAUUGGAGACUGGGUAAGGGUAAAGGUCCACAAAAGAAAGUGGCUGGAAUCCAGGUGGACUGGUCCGUAUGAAGUGAAGGAGGUUACUUCACACUCAGUCCAGGUCAAAGGUAAAUUGGGCGCACCUUGGCACCACCUCACACAUUGUACACCAGCUCCAACCCCUUCCCGCAGACUGACGGAAGUCAGAACUGACCUAAGUGGUCUACAUUUGGUCCCAAAUUCUACAUCUAUUUAGCCAGAAAAUGGGAGGUACAGCCCCAAACUCCCUGACUAAAUCACACCUUUCCCCCUGGGAACGUUUGGGGAUCUCGGGACCCCUGUUUGUUGUUUUUCUUCUAAUAGGAGGGGUCACUCUAUGCACACUCACAUGGCUCAUAGACCAACAGAUGCACCCAAUACCAAUUCACACACUGAAUUCUACUCUGCCAGGUGAAAAUAACUCUCUCUCUUUUCCCUCUUAUCUACCACAAGACCAUACCGUUUCUAGGCGUGAGGUGAGGGUCACUAAGUGUAACCCCCAGGAGUUGAAGAGCACCACCUUGUGUUUGCCUUUCAAUGCCACCACCACCGUUUACCUGCCUUGGGGCCUUUUGGGUCAUGCGCGCAAUAGUCUGGGGCUACCUGCCUGGACCUAUUCCAGUUUCAACUGGUAUAUAACCAAAGGGGGAUAUGGUGUGGGUGAUUUGGUGACCCGGAUACAGGCUGUGGACCCACAGUUUCUGCCUACCAGAACCAAGCGGGAAGCAGCCCCGACUGGUGGGGAUCCCACAUAUAUUGAUGCCAUAGGUGUUCCUAGGGGGGUCCUGGAUGAGUACAAGCUGGUGGACCAGGUCGCCGCAGGUUUUGAAUCAUCUCUCUGCUGGUGGUGCACUGUGAAUAAAAAUGUUGACCGCAUUAACUAUAUACAUUUCAAUGUCCAAAAAUUAGGUAACUGGACUCAACAAGGUUUUGAGGCCGUACAUGGUCAACUGGCUGCCACUUCACUUAUGGCUUUUCAAAAUCGCAUUGCCGUUGACAUGUUGCUGGCUGAGAAGGGUGGGAUAUGUUUUAUGUUUGGGGAGCAAUGUUGCACAUUUAUCCCCAAUAACACAGCCUCUGAUGGCAGCCUCACUUUGGCGUUAGAAGGCCUGCGUACCCUUAAUGGUAAAAUGAAAUCCCACUCUGGGGUUGACACCAUUAUGUGGGACUCCUGGAUGGAUGCAUUUGGUAAAUAUAAGGUCCUGGUCUCUUCUAUCCUGGUCUCUAUCUCUGUGUUUGCUGCUAUAUUAACCCUCUGUGGCUGUUGUUGCAUUCCAUGUGCCCGCUCCCUGCUUUCUCGAGUUAUUACUUCUGCUAUUCCACCAAAUAAUGACCCUGCACUGAUGUUCCCCCUCUUACAACAGGAGGAUCCUCUGGUGGAGUUUGAAACAUGCACAUAUGAGUAGUUGUCACGUCUCGAAAGAGACGUGAAGAGGGGGACUAUAAAUUUUACUGGCUUUUAAUUCAUGUCACGUCUCUUAGGAGACGUGAAAAGGGGAUUUGUAAUGAAGUGCUAUUUCCUAUGCAAAUGACCAGCUUACUGCUAUUGCAUUGCUAUAAUUGAGACAACAUAUAGCAAUGUAUUUUCACAGUAAAACAUGAUAGGGCCAGACAGGAACGCACACACCUACACACACGCAGCCCCUCCCCUUCUGGAUGGGCUCCAAAGACAAAGAACUCUGUCGAGAACCAAUGGGAUACUGACACCAGGCUGGAGGAGACUGUCUAUCAUCUACGAACAACCUACCAGGAGCCAGGACUACCAGAAUCUACCUACGUCAUUUCAAUGUAUAAAAUGAACUGUACGAUUGUAACCAGCCUCUUUUUUCUUUCCAAUGGUUUGCUUGAGAACUUGACGAAACGGAGCCGUGCACGUAAUUGCCAGAUAUCAUUACUCUUGAAUAAACGGCCUUUACUA